GUCAGCUAAAACGGCGCUCGACACGUGUUGUUGCAAGAUACGCUCUUUUUGAACGUGAUGAUUUGCUUUCUCCCUCCGCAUUAAUUGCGAUGGGUAUAUAAGGGGAAAACCGUUUGUGGUUUCCUCUCACUUGGUCGAAAAUUCAAAAAAUUUGCCGUUUGAGAGAAAGUUGUCAUCUGUCUUCUCCGACGAUUUUUUCUGAAAUUCCGGUGAGGUUUCUAGUGUUUCUGUUCACCAUCUUCCGUUUCUUUGAGAUUUUUGAUGGCGGAACCAUCUAGUCCACAUAAUGUGGAGGGUGAAAACCCUGAACAGCCUUUAGUGGCCGAAGAAGAAGAAGAGGGGGCUGCCGGUGGUGGAUUACCGGCGCUGAAGUGGACCAGAAAAAGCUUUGAUCGCCUUAUGCUUGAGGUCCAAAUGCCCUCGGAAUAUGGGGCUCGGUACCCAUCAGAGGGUGAUACUGGUGCCGACGCUCCGGCCGGUUAUGUGACCAUGUGGUCCGAUUUCUUCGGAGAUUGUAACCUCCGAUUACCGUUGACGGUGUUUGUUGUGGAUAUCUUGGAGUGGUACAAGGUCCACAUUUCUCAAGUGAGUCCGCUUGGGAUGAUUCGGAUUCGUAAUUUUGAGUUUACCUUCCGUGCUCUUGGCAUAGAGCCUACCGUUGGAGACUUCCGACGGUUUUAUCAGAUGACAGUGUCCAUGGGGUUCUUUUCUUUCCGUCUACGAGACGGUACCCCAAAGCUGAUGACUCCCCCUAAGGGGAUGACGAUGUGGAAGAAGAAGUUCUUCUAUAUCAAGUCUGCUGCCCUUGCUGUGGAUAUGACGUUUCGGAAUGUGACCGAGACGAUCAUAGCAGAGACCAUUGCGAUGCCCAGUUUGAAAUCAGUGCAAUGGUUCCCGCAACUGCAGACUAUUGAGUCUGUGAAGUUGACCAACACGCAACUAUGGCUGUUGCGUAUGAUGUUGAGGAGGGGCAAGAACUCGAAACCCGUGGUGCGGGAAAAGAGCGGUGAAGAUGCUCCCGCAUGGAGGAUGUUUGCUCCGGAUUUCGAGGGUACGGUUGAGACCGUAGUUUGUGCGGAUGGUGAACAGGAUCACAACACUAUCAUCCGUAGUAACUUCCGGGUGCCUACUGCGGCUGCACUGGCAGUUGAGUUGCCAGUAGGCAAAGGUGAUCUUGGGGCCUUGGGGGACCCUGAAGCGAAAGGUGUGCCAAAGAGGCAAACUGCAGAAGAGGCGGCUGCGGGAGGGACAGCUGCGGGUCCCCCUAUGAUUGGUGAGAAGAGGAGGCCAGAGCAGAAAGCUGCUGGUGGUGUUGAAACCAAACGUCGGAGACUAGUAACCAAAAGGUCUGCUCCGGCGCAGAAAAAACCUGCGGUUGUCGUUGAGCGUCAAGAUGAAGAUUUUUCUAUCUUCGAUGCUCCGGAGUCCCCUCCGUGUGCCAUGGGUGCGGGUGGAACGGAGGUGCCGUCGACACCUCCCGUCAAGGUGGUACCUGAGUCAACCGUGCAGAAGGAGGGUACCGCAGAGAAUGCUGCGGCCCAGAUAUUUGAUACUGUCGACUCAUCCAACAACCUGAUCUCUCCCAAUGAGGGAGACGAUUUGAGUUUGCGGUUCACUGCUACUGAGAAGCAACAUUCUGAUGCUGAACCGCAAAAAACUUGCGCUGAAGCGCGGCAGGGGACGAUAUUGCUAACGACCCUGCGGCCUGCAGGGAGAUCUUGGGUGGUCUGGGGACCCCCUUUGAAGUUGAUCGGGCUCGUGCCGCACCGCGUGCGUACCCUUGCUAAACUCCUUGCUGAUGAGCGUAAGCGUUGGGAGGAAAUUUCAUCCAACGAGCGCAAGAAGUGGAACGAAUCUUGGGCUAAGCAGAACAAUCUUCUGUUUCAUACUCGGCAGGAGUUAGCAAACGCCAAGGCGGCAAAUGUUGCCUUGAGCAAUGAAAAAGCUGCGGCUGAGGCCGCAUCAGCUAAAGCGCUGCAGGUACAACGCUGA